AUGGGUCCUAAAAAGAAAGCUUCAGGGAACGAUCUGGGAGAUUCCCUGAGGAAAUCCCUGGGCAAUAAUGGAGCCAAGCCGAAUCAAAAGAAUAAGACAAAGAAUACAACAAAAAAUAGUAAAGCAGGGAAAGAACGUGCUUCAACCAUAUCACCUACAACACUCAAAACAAAGGACAUACCGAGCUUACAGCCGGAGAACGCGGACAUAAUACGGAACUCCAGCACAAAGUAUGAUGCCAAAGAUUAUGGAUCAACAACAUCACUGCAAAGUACAACUGCUCGAGAUUUCAUUUUGGGACGUAAAAGUCGAUUGGGAGGAUUAUUAUCUUCUCAGGAGAUUAAGACCAAGCCAGUAAAGAGACUGUUUGAAGAAGAUGAUGGGUUCGUGUUCCAACGAGAAGGUGAGGUCAGUAGUAAAAAAUCCACCAAGGCCAAGCCCCCUAAGAAGAGAGUGACAAGUGGAGGUUCAAAAGGUCCAUCUCAAAUAAGUACACCAAUAUCAAGAUUACAUAAGGAACUUUCCAAAUUCAGUGAUGAUGAUGAUGAUGAUGACAUUGAAGUACAUAUUCCAAUUCCAAAAUCCAAUGGACAUAAGAAAUCAAAGACGAUCAAUAAACCAACCACAAUUCGGAACCCUCCAACUAUUAAAUCUAGACAAAAAGAUCAAUCACCGGAGGAGGUUAGUUUGGGGCUUUCGUCGCCGAUUAGAUCACCCGUGUACAAUAAUGAACAAGAAUAUGGACAAUAUAGCCUGGACGAUUAUGUGGAACAAGUAUCACAUCACCAAUUAAAACUUCCGAAUUCUGAAGAUGAAGAUGAAAGAAGAAAACAUCAAACUCAAAAAAGCAAAUUAAAAUCAUCAUCUAAUCAACCACGACGAGCGUCAUAUCAUAACCGGGGGAAAAGAAUUCUGUCCGUGGGGAAUGGAUUUGUAGGAGUUCCCCAUUCUGAGAUCCCACCAAGUAAUUAUUAUAAACUUCUUGAUACUUCACUUCCAGAACCACAUAGAAUGAGACAAUUAUUGAUAUGGUGUUUUAGAAAAAGGUUAGAUCAAGAAGAAAAGGAAGUUAAGAACAUUACCAACACAGAAGAGAAGAGUGUUGUUUAUAUUGCCAAAGUUAUUAAGGAAGAAGUACUUCGAGAUUUAAUUGGAGGACAAAUAGAAACUAGUUGGUAUAAUCGAGGCACUGAAGAUGAAGAUGAAGAAGUUGGUACUCAUCAAAGGGCUGUGAAAUUAUUACCAAAUCCAUUAAACAUAAGUAAUAAGGAAAGUAUCAAGAUCUACCAAGAAAAGUUACAAAAGCUUUUGGAUGAAAAGAAGGAAUGGCUGGCCAGUUUUGGAAAAUAUACAAAGAGAGUAUCUAAACUCAAUAUUAACCCCACUGACGAUAGUUCGAUUGUUCAUAAGAGGCGAGAUGGAUUGUAUAGUCUGGUCUUGGAUGAAACAAUUGUCAAGGGACUUGAGAAAUCAGUGGAUGAUAUUAGUAAAGAACUGACCAAUAUUGAAAAAACGGUUGAUAAAUUUUCCGAUAUUGCAUAUCGCUUAUCUCAAGGACUGCGAUUGUCGGAGAUUCUUCGGAAGAAUGAACUCAAUGGAAAAAUCUCUGACAUUGUCAACAAUUACAUGACCAACAAAUACAAACAAAGUAAUACCACUAAUAAUAAUAUUAAUAAUGAUGAUGAUGAUGACGAUAACAACAACGAUGAGAAGGAGAGUGAACCAAUAAAAAUAGGAGGGGAAGGGAAAGAAGAAGGACCAGUUGAAUUGGCAUUACGCACACCAACAACUCGAGAAUUACUCCGAGGAAUUGCACGCCUUGAUGCACGAGAAGACUGA